AUGAUAUCCAACCUCUCGGCAGGUUUACGAACCAUAAACUUGAACGAUGAAAAGGCGGAAGACUCUCGCUCUCAGCACCAGCAGCAGACUGUGAUAGAUCAAUCCAGAGCUGAGUCUAUGAACUCAAAGUCUCAAGACUCUGGCAAUCGCAUAACUCAAUACUUCACUAAUUUGCCUAAAGAAGGUUUUACUUUAUUUUCACACAGUUCUGCGCCAAACGGGUUCAAGGUGGCAAUAGUACUGUCAGAACUGGGAUACCCCUACAAAACUUUAUUCUUAGAUUUCAAUAAAGGAGAACAACGGGCUCCAGAGUUUGUAAGCGUAAACCCGAAUGCCCGUGUGCCUGCACUAAUAGAUCAUAACUGUGACAACCUAGCGCUUUGGGAAAGUGGUGCUAUAAUCCUUUAUCUCUGCCAGAAAAGCUUAAGGGAGACGGGAGUUUGCGAUAUUUACUCAGAUAAUCCCCAGGACCAAGCCCAAAUAAACUCCUGGGUUUUUUUUCAGACUUCGGGCCAUGCUCCUAUAAUUGGACAGGCAUUGCAUUUCCGCUACUUUCAUGAUGUGAAUGUUCCAUCAGCUGUAGAGCGGUAUACUGAUGAAGUACGCAGAGUCUACGGUGUGCUAGAGAUGGCUCUAGCUGAAAGAAGAGAAGCACUUAUAAUGGAGUUAGAUAUACAGAAUAGUGCUAAUUACUCAAAUGGGACUACCCCAUUAUCACAAUCAAAGUAUUUCGAUCACCCUGUGUGGCUGGUAGGUGAUUCAAUAUCAGUUGCAGACCUUUCGUUUGUGCCCUGGAACAAUGUGGUUGACCGAAUCGGUAUAAACCUGAAAUCAGAAUAUCCAGAGGUUUACAAGUGGACCAAGCAUAUGAUGAGACGGCCAGCAGUUGUUAGAGCCCUACGUGGUGAUACAUAG